GUAGUCACUUUCCCUCGGUACAUCGACAAUCAUCGCUCGGCACGUGUUUAGUGGUGUGCAUACUAACGCAAGUUUCAAACAGUAAGCAUGAAGGCGGACAAACCGGACACAACCCCCUGGGAUCAGGUAAGCAUAGAACAAGAGCGUUCGAACAUCUCGGUUCCGUGACGCGGGACGCUUUUAAUCGGAAUGUUUCGUUCUCGUGUUCGACGGAUCAGUUGGAGCAGCUGGUAAAGGAAACGCGCAACUUCCUCACCGAGUACGACGACAUUGUGCUGCACAAAGAGCUCUACCGCACGCUGUUCAUGUAUCACCUGACUUAUUUACGGGAUGAGGUGAUACAGUUGAUGAAAAAAUUUACCACCUUACCGAAAGACGUCGCCGAGGAGAAGGAAAUUGACUGCUGUGGGGUAAUGUACCAUGAUAAAGAUGCCUUCAAACAACACUACGAGGCAGCUCACAAUAAGAAAGUUCUCCAGUCUGCUUCCAUGUGUGAGGUAAAACUCCUACUCACACACACGCACUUAUUGUUCGAUAGGUGUUGCAUAAAUUCUAUACUUUGCUUUUUGUCCUUUCUUUCAAUAGCUGAAAAUGUCUCUGACAAAAAUUUCAUUCUUCGAGCGACACCUGCAAGACUACAUACUGGGAGGUUCCGUUUCGAGCUGUGA